AUGUGCUUCAAUUUUUAUUUCCUGCUGUUAUGCAUUGUUACGAUUGAUUGGAUAACAACAGUUGCUGCCUCGCCCUCAAUUGUUUCGCAGUACUAUAGACCCAACCAAUUUGCUACAGAUUGUGGCAUACGACCCCCUAGAAGAGAGCCAAGAUCAGAACUGGAUAUAGAUGAUCCCAAAAGUGCACGAAAAGCUAAAAUUAUAGCCGGUGUUCAUACCAAAGAGGGACAAUUUCCUUGGCAAGCAUCUCUCGAACUGCUUCAUCCUUCGUUGGGGUUUCUUGGACAUUGGUGUGGUGCUGUACUCAUACAUCAACAUUGGAUACUCUCAGCGGCUCAUUGUGUGCACAAUGAUCUUUUCAAUCUUCCCCUACCUCCCCUAUGGACUGUAGUCCUAGGAGAAUACAAUCGAGCUGUGGAAUCAGGUUACGAACAACGCAUCCCCAUAGAAAAAAUUGUGCUGCACAAAAGCUAUCAAAAUUUCCUACAUGAUUUGGUACUAAUGAAACUUUCCAAACCCGCAAAUCUAUCCAAAAAGUCCAAUAUAAGGCGAAUAUGUCUGCCAUUUACAUUCAAUGAACCUGUCUACAAGGAAUACGAAGAUAAAGACUUAUUACAGGGUGAAGAACUAACAGACCCUUUACUAAUGGAUUUGGUAGAAAUUCCCGAGAAAAUGGAAAAUUUCCUGCGUAGCGUUCAAAGCAUGCGUAGAUAUCAGAAUUUUACCAUGCCCACCAUGAAAGAUUUAAUGGAUUUGAAAAUAGCACAGCGAUUGAGACGCAUGCAAAUGGCUGCCCAGCAAAUGGAACGAAGAAGUCGAAGUAUGAGGCGACGCAAUGAUAAGAUAAUGAAAAUUUUCAAAUAUCCCCAUAAGGAAGGCAUGUCAGAGCAGAAACAUUUUCAUCGUUACAUUGAUACGAAUCCCGACUUACCCUACAUCGAUUGUGUGGCAACGGGUUGGGGCAAGGCCAAUGUUUCGGGAGAUUUAACGGAUCUGUUGCUGAAGACAAAUGUGCCGUUGCAUAAUAAUAGGAGAUGUAAAGAGGCUUAUGGAAGCUUUGUACGCAUACAUCGGGGGCAUCUGUGCGCUGGAAAACUGAAUGGGAAAGGUGGAACCUGUGUGGGUGACUCUGGUGGUCCUCUGCAGUGUCGUCUAACAAAAACUGGUCCUUGGAUCUUGGCUGGCAUCACAUCCUUUGGCUCUGGAUGUUCUUUGGAAGGCUAUCCGGACGUGUAUACCCGAACAUCACAUUACAUGAAAUGGAUACAGGACACAAUAGCUUUUGAGUAG